AUGCCUUCUCGAAAUGUCCCAGACGACGCAACAGGGGCUGAUAAUAGCAGCGCGGUGACACACGACCCGGAACAGACCUCCAAACGAAAUACUGCCGCGCCAAAUGAGAGUUCCAGGAUGACAGAAAAUGGAACUCCGUCUCCUGGCGUGGAUGAUAUGCCAUACAUUAGAUUUGCCAUUGAUCAACUGACUCGUGAUGAAGAAUUACUUGGGGAAGGCCGACAUGGCUCGGUUGUCAGUACCGAGUAUCCUGUUGAACGCAUCAUCCCAGAUGAAGGCCUAGGAUACUACACCUCUGUCACUUCGCAGUCUGUGGAUCAGCCAAAUAAAGAACCUCAGAUACUAGACCGCCCCGACUCGCCAGUUUCAAAUAUCCUGAACCCAGUAACGCCUCCUUCAGAAGCUUACCAAUACCCACAGCUUGACUUUGUUCCUUUGUCUCUCAGAUUUGUACCACUUCUCUCGUUAACGAUUGUCUGCCUCUCCAUGAUGGCAGCGCUCAUAUUCUGUAUAGUCUGGUCACAGCGGCAUGCAGGCCUGUGGGCUUACGAUGGGCUGGGUGGCUCGCGAUACUUCGUGUUCCAAUUUCUACCACAGCUACUCGCCAUUUUAAUCACACUUUGGCUGUUUGUCGUGCAGUCCGCCGUGUAUCGAAUUCUUCCCCUGACAAUGUUAGCGUCAGGACGUGGAUCUGAGGGUGUGCUGCAAAAAAUUCGAAUCCUGCCUCACAACUUCUUGUUGCCGGAUAUAUCACUCUUCCAGCACGGCGAAUGGCUGACUGGCAUCUUUCUCGUCACAGUGUGGGCGGUUAAUAUUUUCACCGUUCCUCUGCAAAGUUCGCUGUUUGUGGCUCGUUAUUACGACCAAAUGGAAAGAUUUCAAUGGGUGGCUACUCGGGGUGUGGCCGGAGCCUUGAUUACUCUUUAUGGACUGAUUGUCGUGGCAUUGCUAGGGCUUAUGUUCCGUUUUAGUUGGCGAGAGAGUGGGCUUCUGUGGGAUCCCGUGUGUCUUGCCGAUAUCAUCCCCCUGAUCCAAAAAUCUAAUGUAUUGGAUCAAUUCUAUCGGACCGAAAUCUCGCAAACUGUUGAGCAGGAUCUCCUGCCUCGCAAAAUGCGUUUGGGAUAUUGGUCCUCGGAUGCCAAUUCCCAGGACUUUCUCUACGGCAUUGGCGAGGAAUACCCAGCGGCGGACAAAGCGUUUUCCAAUCCGAAACGGCAAUCUGAAACCUCUUUUCCUAAUCAUGCUGAUAGCGAGCGACAACAUCUCAACAGCAAGGACUCUUUUGAAAGGAAUAUACAUUCUCCGUUCGUUCGAUAUCGCUGGACAGCCUGGUUUCUAAAGGAUUCAUGUGUGGUUGGUUGGAUCGUCAUCGCAAAUGUCCUGAUGGUUGCUUUCGUCGUUGUCACGUUCGUAAAGCAGCCCAUCAAACAAGGAUUCGAUCCUCUCUUGCCUACAUUACCAUCGUCAGCCGGUUUCUCUUCCUCCAACUUCCUGUACAGCUUCAUUCCAUCUCUGAUUGCAACAAUACUCUUCCUCCUCUGGCAACCAAUCGACCAAUACUUCCGGGCUGUCCAGCCGUUUUGCGACCUCUCAUCGCCCAACGGUGCCCUUGCCGAAAAAAGCCUCUUGCUAAACUACCCAUCCUGUUUGCCAUUAGAAAUCACCUUCCUCGCCCACAGCGCCGGCCAUUACAAAGUCGCAUACGUUUCCUUCAUGAGCCUUGCGUCACUCGCCAUUCCCGUCCUCGCAGGCGGCGUGUUUAUGGCCCGCUUCUACCCCGAACAGGAUCAAAUCCGUAUCUCCACCCUACUGCCAGCAUACUACACCCUAAUGGCUUUCGUGAUCAUCUAUGCCUUUUCGUUCCUUGUUCUUUGGCCGCGGCGCAAACGCUACCUUCCCCAUGCCAUUUAUUCGUAUGCGGAUAUUAUAAGUUUCUUGUACCAAAGUCCUCUUCUCUCCGAUAGGGUAUUCCGCCAACCAAGGACAAAGGCGGAUUUGGUGACUAGAGUAGUUAUAGCGCCACCGGGGGAGGGCGAAAAGGCGUUAUACGCGUUUGGCCUAUACCAGGGUCGCGACGGACAGGAACAUCUUGGGAUCGAUCGGCUGCGGAGGGUUGGACAAGUCGAAAUGUUUGUUACGCUAGAUGACAGUGGAGGAGUCGUGUGA